AUGGAGCAGCACCAAGACAGCACAUCUGGAGAGCGAUGCAAACUCAUCAGGCUGGAUUCACACAUCCCAUCCAAGGCAGCUUCACCUGAGUACACUUUUGCUUUCGCCUACAAAAAGCCCCAAACUAUACCUAAGACUUGGGAAUGUAUGGGAACUCAAAAUCGUGUUGGUCUUCUCGAUCUACCACGUGAGUUGAGGGACAUGAUUUAUGCCCACGUCUGCGAUGGCAUGAGGCGCAACGGAAACGGAUGGCGCAAAGAAGGCGAAUGGGCCCAAGACCGCUAUGUAUUCGGGCAGGGGCCCUGGGAAGUUCAAAACUGCAACAUCAUGAGGACAUGCCGGCAAGUGCAUUGGGAAUUUGCAGAAGUUCUCUAUACGCGACCGCUACAACUUACUGGUCCAUCGAUCACCAAGUUCCAUAUCGUUGUGACAGGAUCGCAUAUUCUUCCGUUGUCAAAAACAUAUGCACCUCUCGUCAAGAAGCUGGCAUUCAUCCAUAGCACAGGCCUUCGAGACUACUUUGACAGAGAUGAGUUAGGACACAGGCAGCGUCCUAAUGCUGAAGUUCUUUGGCUCGAUAUUGUUACAGCGACGAUGAAACUGCUGAAACUUUUCCCUGCUGUACAGGUCUUACGUAUUAUUAUCGACUACGAGCCAAUCGCGCCUCCAGAUUCAGUAUUGAUGUCCUUACUCGGGAAGUGCAAGGGCAGAAGAGAAGAGCUGAUCGAGAGGGCAGAGGAAUUUAUCAAGGCGGUACGCCGGAGCGACACGAGGCCGAUCAAAGUUCCGCAGCAACUAGAAUUGUUCCAUUUAGAAGACAACGGUAUUCUGAGGGAGAUGCCUUGGAGCGAGGCUUUGAGGAACAUACAAGCAGCAGAGCUCCACAAGAAAGAGCUUAGAGAAAAACCCUGA